AUGGAUCUCGACAACCUAGCAAAACUACAAACUGAAGGGGUUAACCCCCGGACGACAAACAUUGAUCGCGUGUCAACGUUGGAAAUGUGCACUGUGAUCAAUGGUGACGACCACUUUGUGGCGGAGAGUAUUGUACCGUGUCUGCCCGUAAUCGCGGAUGCGAUCGAUGCGAUGACAACGCGUGUUCGUCAAGGCGGCCGGAUCGUUUAUGUAGGCGCUGGAACCAGUGGGAGACUCGGUGUUCUCGAUGCUUCAGAAAUUCCACCUACAUUUGCCGCUCCUCGAUCUCAGUUUAUUGGUUUGAUAGCGGGUGGAGACGCCGCCAUUCGACAAGCUCAAGAGGGCGCCGAGGAUAGUGACAAAGCUGGAGAAGAAGAUCUAGCUGGUCUCAACCUUGACCCGAAGCUUGAUAGUGUUAUUGGAAUUGCUAGCUCCGGCCGUACCCCAUAUGUCCUUGGCUGUCUAGCAUUUGCGAAAAAGCUGAAAUGUCUCACCAUUGGUGUUGUAUGCACUUCGCCAUCGGCUAUGGGUCUCUCCGGAAAUGUCGACUACUUGGUUGCUCCUCUUCCUGGCGCAGAGGUUGUGACUGGAAGCACCAGGCUCAAAGCUGGAACAGCAACCAAAAUGGUUCUCAAUAUGCUGAGUACAGGAACAAUGAUCCGAACCGGCAAGACUUAUGGGAAUAUGAUGGUCGAUCUUAAAGCAUCAAAUCUCAAACUUGAACAACGAUCUCGAAAUAUUUUGCGUCGCGCCAGUCCAAAAUGUCGUUCCUUAUUAGAGUUUCAGCUCGACGCACUCUUGGAGAAAUGUAACCGCAGCGUCAAGCUUGCAAUUCUUGUUGCGGAGACCAGUGAAUCGGUUGAGAAAUGUCAAGAACUUUUGGCCUUGGCGGGCGGAGUUCUUAGUGAGGCCUUGCUCACGAGUUUCCCUCAUAUCUCACGGAUUUCAAAAGACCAACGUCGAUUUGUACUCUGCAUUGAUGGUGGAGGCAGCAAGUGUGCGGCUGUGAUAGUCGACGAAUCGGAUGCUCUAGGCUAUGGAUCUGCUGGGCCGUGCAAUCUCACGGAUAAUGCUAGCAACGUUGAUUUAAUAAUUUCCACUAUCAUCGAAGCUACUACAGAUGCCCUAAAAGAUCAUAUACCCGACGUGAACAAUCUGACGGGGUUCCACCGCAAGGAACUUCUUCAAUCAUGUUUUCGAAGAGUAUGGAUUGGCUUAGCUGGUAUGGAUCGAAGUGGUCUGUAUGACGUGAUAGGGCCGAAGCUUACAGAGUUAUUCGGACUUGACGACGCGUCUGACGCGUUGAAGAUAACAAAUGAUGUAAGCUUGCUCACUGCAGCGGUUUCAGAAGAGCAAAGCAAGCCAUCAAUACUUGUUAUGAUUGCAGGGACAGGGAGCGUUGCAAUGCGUUAUAAUUGGACUGAAAAUGAUGGAUAUACGCCGGUCGCUCGAGCUGGUGGUUGGGGUCAUCUGCUUGGAGAUGAAGGUGGCGGGUACUCAAUCGGCCUAGAAGCUGCGAAGUACACUCUCUUUGCAUUAGAGGAAAGGGCUUUGGGUCUUAAAUUGACCCCACUUGGAGCAAUUGAACAAGCCGUAAUCGAUAAACUGGGUUGCCAUGACGAGGGUGGUGGGCAGCUCGACUUAUUGAGCGAAAUUCUGUCGCAAAAUCCCACGCAAUCCUUCAAAACUCGCAUUGCGGCCCUGGCGGAGAUGGUUCUCAAUCUUAGGGAAAGCAGCACAGCAAGAAAUAUUAUUGACAGACAGAUCUCAUAUAUUGUGAAAAAGACUCUAUGUCGCGUUGCUGAUCUCAGAUCAAGUGGUUAUGUUGCACCCGAGAAAACAGAGCUGAUACUAGCCGGAGGGCUGAUGAAGAACACCAUAUACCAGCAGAUCUUGAGAAUGCAGCUGGCUCAAAAAGGAUUGCAGUUUCGAGCGAUACAUGUGGUGGAUAAUGCGGCUGUAGUGGCAGCCAGAUAUCUGGUAUCGAAUGGGCAGACUAAGGUUUGA